AUGCAGUUCACCAAGAUCGCCUCCGUCCUCGCCAUGGCCGCCGCUGCCAUCGCUGCUCCCGCUCCCGGCAACUACGAGGUCGAGCCUCGCACUGGCGGCAGCAACAACGGCAACAACCAGCCCGCCUGCUCUGCUCAGAGCUCCAAUGUUUGCUGCAACGGCCUCGGCUGCCUCGUCCAGGUUCUUGGCGCCGGUUGCGCCACCACCUCCUACUGUUGCCAGUCUAACUCCCCUCUGGCUGUUGGUGCUCUCAUCAACAUCAACGCCCUCAACUGUGUCAAGGUUCUCUAA